AUGCUCGAACAACGAUCAUAUCAGGAUGGGAGCCUUUGGUUCUAUGCACCGAAUAAAGGUGCCCCCAUUGCAUUUGCCAUUCUUUUUGCGCUUUCUGGGGCCAUCCAUUUCUACCAAACCAUGAGAUACAAGUCCUGGAAAGUGACAGGUCUCUUACCGUGGUCAGCACUCCUUUUCACUGGCGGAUUUAUCACUCGAGCAGUCGCGUCAUUUGGAAAAUGGGGCAAUCUUGAUCUCUAUAUCGCGAGUAGUGUCUUACUUCUCGCUGGACCACCUGUAUAUGAAGGUGCAAAUUAUUUCAUUCUGGGUCGAAUUCUCUAUUAUAUUCCACACCACUCACCCAUGCAUCCCGGGCGUGUGUUUUCAACUUUCAUCGCGCUUGGCAUUGUGAUCGAAGCCAUCACCGCCAACGGUGCAGUGCAACUUGCGAAAGCCAACUCUACACCUAGCCAGCAGGAUGUUGGAAAGGCAUUACUCAAGGCAGCUCUGAUCUUGCAACUGGCCUUGAUGGCAGCAUUUCUCACCCUAGCUUCUCGAUUCCAUUUCAACUGCAAACGAGCCGGGAUACUGAAUCACAAGGUUAAACGUUGCCUGAUUGUUUUGUACAUCAGUUGCACGCUUAUUACGAUUCGAACAAUCUAUCGCACAGUCGAGUACUUUAGCGCAGCAAGUUUGAACAACUACACCGACAUUCAGCAUAUCAGCCCUGUCCUGAAGCAAGAGUGGUUCUUCUGGUUCUUUGAGACUGUAUUCAUGUACAGCAAUACCACUCUGCUCAACGUAUUUCACCCGAUGCAAAAGCUCCCACGUUCCAAUAACAUCUAUCUAGCCGAGGACGGAGUUACGGAGAUUGAAGGCCCAGGUUAUGACGAUCCUCGUCAUUUCAUCCAGACUUUCAUCGAUCCAUUCGAUGUUUACGGGCUUAUCAAGAGACGCGGAAAGCAGCAUAAAUAUUGGCAGACGGAGGUAGGACAGCAAAAGGCUGGCCAAAGUGAUGUUACCCAGCCAGCUUAG